GCCACAUUCCCUGAUAUACUAAUAAUAACCCAAUAAUCCCGCGCUUGUUGUGUCAUAUACCCGCACCUGACGCAGGACACAUCACUCUUUGAUUUCCUUAUAUUGUUGCCUUGUCCCAACAGCGCGGAACCCCCCAUCUGCGAUCAUCUCCUCGCAUCACUUUGGUGACGUUGCAACAAAGACUAAACAAUACGCCGGACAGGUGCUAAACUCGAAACCCCUCCCGCCCCGCCUCGCAAAGACUGUGAGGAGAACGAAGAAAUGCGACCCCAGGGUAACAUGUCUGAUCGCCUUACUGUCGAAGUUGAUUGCACAUCCCUGGGCUCCAACGAGUGCCCGUCCAUGACUACUACCUUCUCGCCUCUUGAUUCACCGAAGACCACCCCGACCAGUGUUUACAGUCACGGUUCGUUGCAGUCUCCUAGCUGGCACGAGGCAGGAGGAUCAUUCCCCGGUCAGGCCUACGAGCGACACACCGGAUCAACACCCAUGAGCAGUGCAUUUCGCUUGGCCACGAUGACGUCGAACGAUGUGAUGGGUAUGCCCUACGCCAACAUCGAGCCCCAGGAGCGGAUGCCCAUGACCGAUUUCUUGUCUGGAUAUGACGAGAAUGUCGAACAGUUCUGGAUCCCCUCCGAGGCGCCCAAGGCAUAUGAGCAUGGGGUACAAGGGCUGCCAUACCCUCCCCAAAUGCACCACUACGCCCCAAUGGCCCGCCCCAACUAUCGCCAACACCCUGCACCAUACCUUCCUGAAUCCGCAACCAACCCUUGUCUAUCGCGUCCCAUCUUUCACCAUCAACACGAGCGCAUCCCAACGUCCAUGUCGAUGGGGAAUAUGAUUCCUUGGAUUGCGCGGCCGGCAGAUUCGAUCGCUCCACAGACCAUCGCGCCCUCUCAAGUCGCCCCAGUUACGCCACCACCAUCAUAUUCAGAAUUCGCGGCGCCGCUGGGUGCCUUCAAGACACACACACCCACAACCCCCGUGCGUUCUUGCUCACUGGGUAGCGGCUCUGGAUCAGACACUCCCAUGAGCCGACUAUCAAGUAGCAUGGACUACAUGGAUGAGUUUAGCCAAUCCCCCGUCUACCGAGACGGUCUGGGCCGGAUACAGCGCCAGCCGUCCCGCAAGACUGCCCGGAAGCAAGCCUCAAAGCAAAACCUCAGCCUGGAGAACCUACCCACUAUCAUCAAACAGGUGCAAUUCAAGUGCAAGGAACCCGGGUGCAAGGGUCGCUUUAAGAGACAAGAGCACCUCAAGAGACAUAUGAAAAGCCACUCUAAGGAGAAGCCACAUGUUUGCUGGGUCCCUGGAUGCCAUCGGGCGUUCUCUCGCAGUGACAACCUCAACGCACAUUACACGAAGACUCACAGCAAGCGAGGUGGUCGCAACCGCUACGUCGCCACCCUGGAUGAGACUAGCCCCGAUUACAACCCAGAGUAUCGCGGUCAGCUGACACCUGAUGGGCGACCUCUCUACGGCCAAAAGCACGACGACACCAUGCCUGGCACCCGUCAUAUGAGUGUCGAGUGGGACGAUUAGAACACGGGUGGGAAGAGUAGGAUGGGCGGACCAAACCAUGAUACCCUUGGCAAGCAGGUUGCCAUUUCUCCUUUUUUGGUCUUAGAUGGGGACAGACACACACAGGGCCAGGCAGACCCGGUCGGCGCUUCGCGGCGUUAUUUUGUAAAACAUACCUGGUUAUAUACACCGGAUAAUUUCCUAU